AUGCACGUGCACAAACGCUUAAAUCCGGCCCUAAAUCCGGCCGGAUUUAAAAAAAGGUCGGAUUUUGGCCGGGGCCGAACUUCGGUGCAUCCCUACACAAAAUGUUCAUCAUGCUCAUGUAAAGUCAACUACCCUCUGCUGCGUCUGCGAGAAGCUGGCCACAUAACAUUCACCAUUGGUCCGGAGCAGGGAAAAGUGUACAGCUCAAAGCACGGCUACCCCUGCACAGCUGACUACGGCAUCGAUCAAAUUUCCGUGGACAAAUUAGACGGAUUGAUAAUCCCUGGAGGAUGGUGUCCUGAUUAUUUGAGGAGAAACAAGAAAUUUGUGCAAUUGGUGGCUGAUAUGGUUCAUUCGGGCAAAUUAGUUGGUGCCAUCUGUCACGGUCCGUGGAUGUUGUGUUCUGCUAAGUGCAUCAAAGACCGCAGAUUGACAUGUUUUGUGGCUAUUAAAGACGACGUUGAGAAUGCUGGAGGCAUAUACGAAGACAGUUCAGUGGUGAUUGACGGCAACCUGGUGACCUCACGAAUCCCCAGUGACCUUCCGGAUUUUUCAAGGGCGGUUCUUCAAGUUUUGACCUUGCAAUGUCAACAUUCGAAGUGUGACAUGUGCACAGGCGAUAUUAAAGAAAAAUUAUAAUGAUUUUAUUGUUGUUAUUACUUUUAUCAUCAUUAUUGUCAUCUUUUUAUUAUUAAUAUUUUUUUUUUGGAAUAAAAUUUUUUGGACAAUAAAAGUUUAAUAAAUAACCGUUUUUUUAAUGGUGACGUCAUUAGCAAUA